AUGCCCGCUCGCCCUUGCCUUCUGCUUGCUGCUGCUCUCUCUGCAGCAGCAGCAGCAGACGCAUUUGUGGGUAUCCCGGUGCCUCAGCUGCUGAGCGUGAGGCCUCUUCAGCCUGAUCUGGACCCGCAGCAGCAGCAGCAGCAGCAGCAGCUGCUGCAACAGUUCCCGCCGCAGCAGCUGCUGCAAGAUAGCCUCAGCGAUCUUCCUGUGGAGCCACUGCAGCAGCAGCAGCAGCACUUCCCAGGCACUCCGCUUCAGCAGGUCCCGCAGCAGCUGCCGCAGCUCCCACUACAGCAGCCGCAGCAGCAGCAGCAGCAGCAGCAGCAGCAGCCGCAGCAGCAGCCGCAGCAGGAGAUACCGCAGCAGCUGCAGCAGCUGGCGUCCCCGCUAACUGGGCCUCUGCAGCAGCAGCUGCAGCAGCUGCCUUUGUCUUUGCAGCCCCUACAGCACCUGCAGGAGCCCCUGCAGCAGCUGCGGCUGCUGCCGCAGCAGCUGCAGCAGCCCCUACAGCAGCUGCAGCAGCCUCUGCAGCAGCUGCAGCAACUACCUCAGCAGCUGCAGCAGCCGCUGCAGCAGCUGCCUCAGCAGCUGCAGCAGCCCCUACAGCAGCUGCAGCAGCUGCCACAGCAGCUCCUGGGGAGUGGCGUGUCUUUCGGGCCUCUGGGGCUGAGGGGAGACAGCAGCAGCAGCAGCAGCAGCAGCAGCAGCGAAGGCAGCAGCACCAAACUCUCUUUGCUGCCUCUCGAGUUUGAGGGCCUCCCGUUGGGCCCUCUGGGCCUUUUGAGGUCCCGGCUUCCUGCUGCUGAAGCUUACGGGCUGGGCAGCAGCCAGCAGCAAGCAGCAGGAGCGCUUGAUGCUGCUGCAGCAGCAGCAACACGUGCUGGACCAGCAGCAGCAGCAGCAGGCCUCUCCCCCGUUGCAGAAGCUGUGCAGACCCUCUCCCCCCUGCUGCCGCAAGAAGCAGCGCAGCAGCUAGCUGGGGACUUCCUGGGAGCAGCACCUGCGGAUUUGCUGCAGCCGAAGAACGUGCUGCAGCAAGCAGCAGCAGCAGCAGCAGCAGCAACUGCAGCAGCAACUGCUGCGCUGCCACAAACCCCCUUCUUGCCAGAAGAAGAGGCCCACAAGACUGCAGAAGCAAUUCUGUCGCUGGCGCCUUUUGCUUCUGUGGGGCCCCCUGCUGCUGCUGACGGCGCUGCUGCUGCUGCUGCUGCACCCAACCCCGCUGCUGCUGCUGCUGCUGCACUGCAGCAGGGCUUUCUAUCUCCGACCGUGGGCACCUACGACUACCAGUUGCCUGCUGCAACGGAGCCACUGAGCAUCUUUCACUGA